AGUGUAUGAUUAGAUUUUGCAAUGAACAGACGUAUUUGCGCUGAGGGAUUUAUAUUUAAAUAGUUUGUGUAUUGGUCAAUAAAUAUUAUGUAAAUAUUACGAUCGUACUUAACCAGUGAACAUAGUGUGUUAUUUAUAAUUUUUAUUUUCAGUGAAAAAAUACUGAAGUAAAUAAGGCUGAUCAUGGCAUGCGACUGCGACUACGUAUUAAAAAAAUGCGAUGUGACAGAGGAACAUUACGGUACUUGCAGUUCAUUACUAAACGGACGGACUAGUAAAAGGAACCCUGAUGGAAGUCUAAGUUUGCCAAAUGAAAAUUUAUCGAAGUUGAAAGGAGAUGUUAUGUACCACUUGGCGCUCGACAACUUAAAUUUUGACUUACCGGCUCUAUACGGAGAUGUGAAGUUCGUCGUAAUGGGUGGCACAAAAUAUCGAAUGAGGGAGUUUGCGUGCUACGUUGCCGAGCUUCUAGGCUUGCCUAAAGAUCCUAAAUCUGUGAACCAUACCAAAGCUUCACAAAGAUUUGCGAUGUACAAAAUCGGUCCAGUAUUGUCUGUUAGUCACGGUAUCGGCAUACCCUCUAUGACAACAGUUCUUCAAGAAUUGAUAAAGGUGAUGUUCUACGCCAAGGCUAAGGAUCCUAUAUUCAUCAGACUAGGUACCAGCGGUGGGCUCGGCAUACCACCGGGCUCUGUCGUGGUAUCUUCUUUUGGACUUAGUGGCACGUUAGAGAAGACAUAUGAGUUGCCAGUGUUGGGCGUUAUUCGAAAAUGGCCCUCGUAUUUAGACAAGAGACUCUCCGAAGAACUAGUUUGUUCAGCUUCCAACUUUGAUGAGUUCAAAACUUACGUCGCUGGUACAAUGGGUGCGGACGAUUUCUAUAGAGGUCAAGGCCGGCUAGAUGGUCCUCUAUGCGACUACAGUGAGGCAGACAAGAUGGCGUACUUAGACAAACUGGCGUCGUUAGGCGUUAAAAAUAUCGAGAUGGAGGCGAACGCGUUCGCGGCGAUUACGGGCGAGGCGGGCGUGCGCGCGAGCAUCGCAUGCGUUACACUUGUGGACAGGCUUCAAGGGGAUCAGAUAACGACUCCUAAAACGGUCCUCAAAGAAUGGCAGAAAUAUCCUAUGCAAGUUGUUGGUGCUUUAAUAAAGAAUUAUGUGGAGAGAAAAUUAUAAUGAAGCUGAAACAUGGAACAUAUUAAGCUUGUUUUAAUUAAUCUUUUAGGUUAUAACUAAAAUCAUUAAAAGGAGAACUCUUACAGAUGAAGAAGUUUUUAAGCCUCAGUGUAUGGUUAUUUUUGUGAAUGCAACUUCUUUUUUGUUCGGCAGUGUUAUAAUUAUAAAAACAGCCUUGAACUCGACGUCGAGCGUAGCCAAAAGCUCAAAAGCGACUUUAUUCAAGAAAAUGACAUUGAAGUCUGACGGAGGUUUUCUCUAGAUUAUUAGUUAAAUGAUAAGUACUCGUUUUCAAUAGCAUUUUCUAGAGUAAAGUAGCUUUUGAGAUAACUGUUAUUAUUUAUUUAAGUUUGAAGCCGGUUCUACUUUUUACAAAAAGUUAUUUUUUGAAGUAUAAAUGACGAUAAAUUUAUUAUUUUCUCUUAAAUAUUUUAAAAUAAAUUUGUUGUUUGCUUUUGAGGAUAUGCAGCGUAUUCAUAUUGAGUUGGGAUCCGAAAUAAAAAACGCCUGUAUUCUUAGCUCGAAAUUUAAUGAGUGAAAAUCUAAUUCGUGCAGUAAUAAAAAUCUUAUCAGCGUUCUGGCUUUAGGAUAUAGAUUAAACACACAUAUGUUCCUAGAUAAGACAUAUAGAUUUUGAUGUCUUAAAAUAAAAUUCAUAUAUUGAUAAUACGUUAGAAAAGCGCAAAACAUAAUCCGCCUUAUUAUAAAACGAGGACUAAACUUAGUGCUUGCUUUAUAUCAUUGGCCAACUAAAGUAGGUAAAUUGAUAAUGACAGAAGAGAAUAGGUCAGAUUGAGACGUGUUGACCUAUUUCGGUCGGAAAAUGGUUUAAACUAUAUAUAUAUCUAUGUUUGUAUCUACAAAUUUGUUUUCUGUUUAUUACCAUAAAUACAUUCUGUGAG